CUUUCGUGUUAUUCAGGGCGAAUUCAGAGAGUGGAAUUGAAUUGUGAAAAUUUGUCUCGUUUGUUUCGUUGUAUUCAUCUAAUAUUAUGUGCGUUUUUUCUGCUGCUUAUAAUUAUCAAAUAGUUUUGACUUUUUCCUUUGAUAUAAUUCAUAUAAGAAAAUAGUUUUGAUCGCAAAAUUGGAAUUUUAGUACUACAAAAAUGAUCAAAACGUAAUGUGGUGCAGUUCUUUGCUUCUCAUCUCGGUGAAUAUGUGUGUUUAGUUCGUAUGCUGCUUUUUCCCGUUUUAAUGGAAUGUGGGAAGCCAAUUAGCAAACAAAGCUAAUAAGAAACGUUUAGUUCAUCGGAGAAUACGAUUUAGUUGGCGUAUAAUUACUUGUAAAGGUGUUUAAAAAAGUUCAAGUGGAAGAAAAUGUUCCAUCAAAAGAGAAGGAAAUUAUAGUGAUAAUUUUCAUGGCAUACGCCAUCGUCACUCUUACUUGACCAAGUACCACUUAAAUAUAAACGCCCGGAAAAUACUACAAAUAAAUAUUUCUACAAAACCAGUAACUUUUGUCCCAGUACACUAGUGUAAGCAGCAGGUUUCGCGGCUGGGGCAGCUUGUGCGGCUAAGUUUAAAAACGCGUGGGUAUAGUAGUAGAGGUGUAAUCAAGUAUAAUUUGUGGCAACGAAGUUCGUCUUCCAAUCCGACAAAGAUUAUAAUAUCCAGUUAUUGUGUUUCAUACAAGUGCAGUUGCCCUUCGUAGUAAGCAGGAAAUUUAACAACAACAAUUUGCUGCAGCUUUUCGGUAAAUAGCAGCUGUUGCGUAUUGUGUUUCGAUUUAUUACGUCUGUUAUCUUCCCGUUAAUUGCGGUUCAUUUGGAUGCUAUAUGUACGCACGUCUUUCCGAUUUGAUCAACAUUUAUUAUUGUAUGGUAGUUCGUUCUGAACGUUUCGAUAUUUUAUAGUUUUACUCGUUUAUUAUGGCAAAUAUUCAGCAAGCCAGUCCUUGUAAUACAAUAUUAUGGCUUCCCCAGUAAAUACUGACACAUUCGUUGCUGGUUCGACUUCGUCUGUAAAUUUCAUUAAUACAACGAGUGAAACUGAGUGGUUGGAGGAUUUGCUGCAUGAGGUACAACUCGAGCAAUUUCUUGAACGUAUACGCGAUGAUUUACAAGUGACUCGCCUGGCACACUUCGACUACGUGCUUCCGGAGGAUCUGGAACGAUGCGGGUUGGGUAAGCCAGCUGUGCGCAGACUCAUGGAGGCGGUGCGCAAAAAAAAGGCACAUCAAUGGCGGAAAAAUAUACUUUCGAAACUGAUUGGUGGUGGCAAGCAACCCUCGGCUAAAAAAUCCCAACAAGCUGUAAAUAAAGAACAGCAAAAUACUCAACUUACAUGCCUUAUACACGAAAAGGAUAUCACACUCGGCGUUAAAUUGGGCGAUGGUUCAUUCGGAGUGGUGCGUCGCGGUGAGUGGCAUACCGCUCCAAACGGGAAAGUGUUAGCCGUUGCGGUAAAGGUGCUAAAAUCGGAUAAUCUCACACAGCCGGGUAUUAUAGGCGACUUCUUUCGUGAGGUGCAGGCAAUGCAUGCUUUGGAUCACUCGAAUUUGGUGCGUUUAUACGGCGUUGUGCUUUCUCAACCAAUGAUGAUGAUCACCGAGUUAGCCGAACGCGGCUCUUUAUUAGAUACUUUGCGCAAACAGUGCAAAAAUACACCGUUGACCAACAUUUGGAAUUGGUCAGUACAGAUCGCUACAGGCAUGGCGUACUUAGAGCAAAAGCGCUUCCUUCACCGUGACCUGGCGUGUCGGAAUGUCUUACUAGCAUCCGGCAAUAAAAUCAAGAUUGGUGAUUUCGGUCUUAUGCGGGCGCUGCCGCAAGAAGAUGAUUGCUAUGUUAUGUCUGAGCACAAAAAGGUGCCGUUUCCUUGGUGCGCACCAGAAUCUUUACGAUUUAGGCAAUUUUCGCAUGCUUCUGAUACUUGGAUGUUUGGUGUAACGCUAUGGGAAAUGUUUACUUUCGGCGAGGAUCCCUGGGUGGGUCUAAAUGGUUCCCAAAUCUUACGUAAAAUUGAUAGGGAGGGUGAACGACUUCAUCAACCAGAUGCUUGUCCGCCAGAUGUUUACGAAAUGAUGCUGCAGUGUUGGGACAAAACACCUGCUGAACGGCCAACUUUUGCCGCUUUGAAAGAAUUUUUAGUUGGUAUGUCACCGCCUGUAUAUAAAUCAUUACGUUCCUACCAUGAAGAAAAUCGGCUGGAGAUCGAAGCUGGUGAUACUUUGGCUAUCAUUGACGGUCGCGCUGAUUUGAAACUAAUUAAGGGGCAAAAUCAACGCACAUUUGAUAUUGGUGUCUUUCCGCGCAACAUAUUGGAGAAGCCGAAAAAUACAAAUAGCGACCUGAUACGACCAUUGCACGAGAGCAUUCGUCAAAGCGGUGGGCAUGCAGGUUCACCCUUUGGCUUUUGCUGGGGAGGGGCGGGUGCAAUGAGUUCGAGUGCCGAAAUGCAAGCAGAGAGAAAUCGUAAAUGUGCUUCUAUGCAGCCACAAAUGUUACAACAAGCCCCCCAUGCCAAAGAGAGGAAGUCGGUAUCUAAUAAACAGUUUGCAUAUAAUAAACUGGUUAACGAACGGGGUGUUGAACUGCAACGUAAUCAAGCAACCCAGGCAAUAAAGGGAAAGGGACUCAGUCAUCUUAAACAGGCCCCACAGCGUCCACCUCCGCCGCAACAACAACAAAGUGAAGGUGUUCUAAUUGAUAUUUCGCCGGAAUUUGGUCCGCCUUCAUCGUCCACAAAAGGAGAUGGUAGUAAUUCACUAAAAGUGGAUAGCUCAUUCUGUAUAUUGGAUGCACCGAUUGAUGUGCCGACUGCAGGAGAAGAAUACAACGUACCGGGAGGCGCUACUGACUCAGGAUCACCCUCACACAAUUUCGGCACAGUUAAGCAAAGCUUUCGAAUUGGAACCUCACCGCUGGGACAACGUCCACAGCCACCCCCAUAUCAAAUGCCACCCACUUAUUCGAAUACCAUUGAAUUCUCGCAACAACAGCAAACACAAUUGAUGCAGCAGCAUGAUCCGUUUGAUACUAGUAGUGUAGAAAUGGAUAGCAGUGAAACAACGGAGAAUAAUGCGAAUGCCGGUGCUUUUGCGCUUUACUCUAACGUUAUGCGCCAACAACACGAUCAUCUACAAGAGUCAAUAUUGCGCACAAAUGCCACGCAGUCAAUAUAUAAUAGCUCUUCAGCGAGAAAAAGCCUUUUUAGUGCAGGAUCCAAUAGUCCAAGUAAUAAGGAAAAUGUACCACAUACUCUUACCCCAGAAGGUCAAAGCAUGAUGAGUUCAGAAGGCCAAGAUACCAUACCAUCAGCACUGAGUUUACUAAGUCUUGAGAACCCUAUGGAGCAAUCUAGUUUAGAGGACAAUGUGGUGCUAGACAAAUCAUUUAUUGCCGAAUUGGAGAAAGACAUGUACAGCAGUAAAGGUCAAAGUGAUUACCAACGUAAUUCCACGCAAAUGUAUGCUAAUAAAGAAGUUGUCUAUAAACAAAAUUUAACGCCAUUAAAAAAUUCUGCCAAUCAACCUAACUCAGCAAGUGCAUCAAGCAGCGGCGCUUCCCCUAAAAUGCAAAAUCCCGAUGCAUACAGCCAACAACAGUAUUCAACUAGAAGUGCUACAGAAUCUCGUAAUAGCCGCUCUAAUGAUCAAUAUAAACAAAACAAUCUGGAAGUUGGUACAGCGGAUGAAGCGGCAAGAAUUGGAGGGGGAAACAGAGCGUCUGCAAUAAGCACACAAGAAGUAAUCAAUCGAAUAUGGUAUGAACGUGUCAGUGGCACUACUUCAACGAACUCAUCCUACUAUGAGAUUCCAGUGGAUAGUAUUUACCAAAACCAAGGAGAUUAUGCCGAAAGAAAUGCACCUGCCGUCACUUCCGAACAACCAAACCAUAGCUUUGUGGCUAUUUCAAAUCGCGUUGUGGUGCCAAAAACGCAAGCAAGUCAAAUUUAUGCUUCAGCUGCUUCGCUGUACGGUAGUAUUGGCAGUCGUGAAAUGUACGACUUGGUGGCGCCAACACCCCCAACUUAUUACGGUCAAUUACCAUUGAAAGCCACUAGCGUUGGAAAUGGAAUAUUUUCAAACGGGUUAACAACCGCAUCAGCAGCACCUGCAGCUGUGUACGAUGAGGUGACGCUCGACGAUUUUUUACGUCCACAUCGGCCUGCGCCGUUGGCUCCACCACAACUUUCUGCACAGCAAAUACAACGACGUCUGGAGAAACUGAAACACCAACAGGAGCAAGGUGGUGGAAAUUUAUAUGCGCCUAUUCCAGCCGAUUCCGCUCGAGAGAAUGAAAAGAUUCAACAAAUACUCAAGGAUUUGGGUUCGGUCGCACAGGAAAUAGAUGUGCGUAAUGCACUGAGAGCUGCAAAUGGCGACGCAAAUGCCGCAAUACGACACUACAAAAUCGAUCAGCUGACAAGACUCGGCCUUGCCAAUCGUCCACAGUGUGAACAAGCGUUGCAGAAAACCGGUUGGAGCCUGGAGCUUGCAGCUGCUGUGUUACUAGAAAGUACUUCAUAGAAGGUUUAGAAUUUCCAAAUUUCCGAAAUACUCAUUAAGUCAUUGAUUCAUCAUUCCAAAUUGCAUCACAUCUUCUUGUUUUUAAAAUUCGAUGAUUACUUUACGAUGUUACAAGGCAGUUGUUGCGUUAGCAUAAGUAUAUGCAUCUACUAUAGAUCUUGGCCAAGUAAAGUACAUAAUCAUCGAAUACAAAAACAAAAAGCAUCACAAAAUGUUUUCGUAUUCAUUUUCACUAGCCGUCCUUUUUUAGAGCGAAAACAUGAAUAUUCGGGCAGGUUUUGAAAUUCACUUCCGAGUGCAUUUCAUUGAGACUUUUUCAAAUUCUUAACAUUUACUGAACCUGUCCGAUUCAAAAUACCUGACGUCAAAAUUGGCACGAAGUAUAUAGAUUUAGUAUAGAUUUUAUUUAUGACGUGAACUUAUUAGCCUUAAUAUAUAAACAGAAAAGAAAAAUGUAUAAACAAUUGAAAUAACCGAAGAAUACUAACUUCAAGUUCUAAAAGCAGUGAAUACAUAUUUAUAGCGAUACAAAAUUCCUAAUCUAUCCACGUUAGCUGUAUGAGCUUUGUUAUAGAUAUUAUAAUAUUGAAUCAAAUAAAAAUUAUAAUACAUGUAUUUUUAUGUAAAUGGAUUAAAGCUUAUAAAUGAUUGC